ACAAAGCGCUACUGCUCGCAGACAUGUACGCCUUCAUUAACGCAAAAUAAAUGGUAUCAGGACCAGUUUAAUUUUUUUCGUAAUAACUACUAUCGACGACGUCCACGGUCAGCUGAACGAUUCUUUUUGUUUAUAAUCGGUCGCGUCAGUCAUUGCGGACUCAUUCCGAUACAAGGAAGAACGGUUCGCCGGUAUUAAACGAAAGGUGAAAGUGCUUGUUGCUCAUGGUCCAUUCAGUUGGUCGGUCCUGAACGCCGAAACUUCUGAAAACUAUCGCGCACAUCUACUUACGUUUCAAAGACUUACGAUUAAGUCCGUCGACGUUUGGCUUUUCCCGUUUUUCGUCAGUGUAAAUUAAAUUUUCGGAAAAAUGGAAAAUGAGACGGAAACUGAUCUAAUGGUGAGCGGAAAAAAGUGUAAUCUACUUAGGAAAAUUGCCAACACACCCCCUGUGGAUAUAGAGUUUCAAGAUUUGAAAUAUUCCAUAAGGGACAGUAGGGAUCCUUCAGGAUUCAAACAUAUUUUGAAUUCAAUAUCGGGGAAAUUCAGAUCUGGGGAGUUCACCGCCAUUUUGGGACCCAGCGGAGCCGGGAAAUCCACUUUACUAAAUGUACUAGCCGGAUAUGUUCGUCAUGGCAUAUCAGGCACAAUCAAAAUCAAUGACAAGCCAAGAGAAAUGAAAAUAUUUAACAAAUUAUCCGCUUAUAUUAUGCAAGAAGAUCUUUUGCAACCGAAGCUUUCUGUCUUCGAGGCUAUGAUGGUAGCGGCAAAUUUGAAACUGGGACCAAAAGUAACCAAAAAAGAAAAAGAAAACAUCGUUCGUGAGGUACUCGACGUCCUUGGCUUGAAAGGAUGUACAGACACAAGAACUGAAAGACUGUCAGGGGGGCAAAAGAAGAGGGUAUCGGUGGCCUUAGAACUGGUUAACAAUCCCCCUGUAAUAUUUUUAGACGAGCCGACCACGGGUUUGGACAGUGUGGCUAUUAAGCAAUGCAUCAAUGUACUUAAAACACUUACAAAUCAAGGUAGAACGAUUAUUUGUACAAUCCAUCAACCACCUGCUUCAAUUUUUGAACAGUUUGAUCAGGUUUAUUUUUUGGCAGACGGACUUUGUGCAUAUAACGGUCCUGCAAACAAAUUGGUUGAUUUCUUAUCAUCGAUUGAUAUUUCUUGCCCAACCACGUACAAUCCUGCCGAUCACCUAAUUGAACUGAUUCACAUGGAUAGUGAUAUCACACUGAUGUUAUCUACUGCUACUGAAAAUGGAAAGAGACACCUUCGACUCUGUAAUACUGAUAACACAAGUGGAUACUCCAUAAUUAAAAAAAAAGAAACUGCUCAGAUUGCUUUGGACACCAGUUACGCCGUUUAUAAAGAAACUACAGAGCCAAUAACGAUUGAAAAAGCACACAUUGAAUUCCCUACGUCCUUUUUUGCCCAGUUUUGGAUCCUUUUGAAGAGGAUGAUGCUGAUCAGAAGCAGAAGUCAUACAGCUUUAAAGGUUCAACUGGUACAUCAUAUUUUAUCGGGUCUAUUGGUAGGAAGCAUCUUUUACAAAGUUGGACAAAAUGGUUCUUUAGCUAUUUCUAAUUUCUUCUUUUGCCUGUGCGAAAUCGUUUUCUUCAUGUAUACCCACACUAUGACGUCCGUUUUAAUGUUUCCAACCGAAGUACAAAUUGUAAAACGAGAAUAUUUUAACAGAUGGUACUCCCUAAAAGCAUAUUACGCUGCUGUUAUAAUUAGGAAUUUACCUUUGGUGAUAAUUCUGGGCUCUGUAUACAUAGCAAUAACAUACGCAAUGAGUCAGCAACCCACGGAUUUUAGAAGUAUUACUCUUUCGUCUCUGGUUUUGCUGCUAGUAGCAGUAAAUUCAGAAGCAUUUGGUUUGGCUAUUGGGGCCAUGUUUAAUAUCAUGAACGGAUCAGCAGUGGCACCGUCUUCCCUAGCCCCCCUUCUAUUCUUCUCAAUUUAUGGAAUGGGCUAUGGGACCAAACUGGAAACCUUCAUGCAAUAUUUGAUAGGUACGAGUUAUUUAAGGUACGGCGUUGUUGGGAUGUGCUCUUCCCUUUUGGAAUUUAGAGAUCCUCUACCCUGUGAUGAAGAAAUAUAUUGUCACUACAGGGACCCAAAAAUCCUUCUUAGGGAUAUGGGCGUCUUAGGACACACUUAUUCCAAUCAGGUCCUUGCUUUAGUGAUAUUCCUUUUCAUUCACUAUUUAAUCGGUUUCUUGGCUUUAUGGUACAGACUCAAGUCUGACUUAAAAUCGACGGUAGCUGUCUACAUAACGAAAUUGUUUCAACUCAAACGCUCACUUUGUGGGAGAUAGUAUUCAGCAAUGGCUUGACUGAGUUUGUAUAUAUAAAUAUAGUGAGCUGAACAGAGUAUUUUUAAUAAUUAAUAAUUUCCUUUAAGUCUGUAAUUAUAUU